GGUUGAGUGUCUUGGGCUGUUUGGUGGUUUGGGCAUUUUUGUGUGAUAUUUGUUGUUAGUUUCGUCAUCUCAAGUUCAGAAAUUGCAUUUACAUCAGAAUUAUCUGUUGCAUACGCAAUCAAACGUCAUCAUAUUUCACGUUUAGACUUAAAUAGUGAAUUAGUCUCACACCAGUUUAUUUCCCGGGAAGGUUGAGGGAAUCUCAACUUCCCCUUGAACUGUGACUACAAGAAGUCAGCAUUUCUUUUAGACACAACGGCGAAUUGAAUUCCCGUGAAAGAUGCGACAAGUUUCCAGGAGCAUUGCUUCCCUCUCGUUGUUUGAAACGGCAACAGAAGGACAAAAUGUUGGGAGAGGAUGGUCCCAUGUGGGCGAUAUCCCAUAUCAACGACAUGGGAGUACUGAAUUCGUCCUGGAAAGAGGAAAAAUCUUCAAAUUGCUUUCAAGAAGUACAAAAUGGCAUUGGUUAUGUGGACCCUCCCGAAGAGUUUUUGUUUGCAGCAACGUGGUCAAAAAGUCUCGAUUCGGCAGCAUCUGUGUUCCCACCGUCCACAUUGAUUCCAACACUAGAUUUGGACAUCUGGGGAGAAAUUUAUCAAGGUGUGAGCAGUUUGUGUCCCAAACCGCUACAGGAUACAUCUUCCACCAUGGUGGGCGACAGAAAAGGUUCCAAUUGUAUUGUACAAGACGAUGAACUGAACACGCCAGAAACAGGUGUAGAGCCUAAAUUUGACUUGACUUCACCCCCUGGUGUGAUGGACACAUCACCAUUUCUAUCUGACGGAGAGGGAUGGGAAAUUUCAGCACCAUUAAAUCUUCUGCAGAUGUUCUCAGUUGAAGAGGAUAAAUCAGUUAUAACUGUAAAGAAGUCAGACAGUGACAAUACACAAUGUAAACCAGCAAAUGAAUUUUUUGUUGAUGAAACUUUGAGACUAUCUGUAAGUCACGAAGAAGAGAGAGUGAGUUCUCAUAAUCAGGAGGGAUUGAAUCAUGAGGGAUUUGUGGCAGAAGAAGAAUCACAUAAUACAAAAACAUCAGUAAAUGCAUAUGAACUGGAACACGGAGUAAAGGUUAUGGACUUUGGCAGUUGUGAGUCAGCAUCAAAAGCCAGUCUUAUACCAUUUAAUGAAACAGGGACUAGUGAAAAUACUAAUAUCCGAAUUCAGAGUCUUGGGUCUCUGUUGGGGCCCAAUUUCAAUGUCAUGCCAGUGGAUAAUGGAAUCUUUUCAGUACAUAUAAACCAACAGCAAGCUGAGACAAACUUAAGCUUGAAAAAUCUCCUGUCUGGUAGCAUUUACCAUAGUGAUACGAACGUUGGUGAUCAGAUUAGAACUGCAGAUGAAACUUGUAGAGUUGACAGAAUUACAAAUGAUGUAAUGAACACAGCAAUUCUUGCAAAGUCUCACGUAGCCAGUCCUAUGAAGGCUGAUACACAUUUGCAAAUUGUGGAGUCUGACAAGACUUGCAGGGAAAGUGGAGAGACUGGAACAGCUGCCAGCAUGUUGAGAACAGACGUAUGUUUAAAAAUGGGAGAACAACCAAAACCAGUGAACUACAAGGAAAGAGAAACUGCUAUGCUUACAGAGGUUUUGGCGAACGGCUUGCCAACCGUGAAUUCUGAGCCCAGCGUGCUUAUGGGCAUGACCAGUGAAGUGGCUGGUGGAGAUGUUCAUGUGCUCGGAGGACCACAAUCAGCAGCAAAGGAGGGGAAUAUUGCAAACAGGGGCCUGAAGCUCGAUCUUGCAACACCGUUGGGCACUGACGAAAUGAUCAGCACACCUGUGAUCUUGGAAUCAUUAUUGAAGCAAGAUGAACCAUUUGAUUUGGUUUCCUACGUUUUUGACAAACUGGUGCCAGGUACCACACUGCCUACCGGCGUGGAGUUGGUUGCUGAGACAUCUGGCACUCAACGGAAUGAUGCAGAGCUUGAGUGCAUGGAAGCAGAGAGGGAGUGUAACCAGUUCUCAUCAAGUCUCGAGCUGCUGAGAAAACCAAAUCAGCAGUUUGAAGAAGGAAAACAAACUAAUGUGAGGAGGGGACUUGAAGGAAAGGAGGACAGACACUUUCUGAAGGCAAGACGAUCCAGAAAGGCAUCAGAACCACGUCCUUCAUUUGAAAGUACACUCUCUCAAGAUGGCCCAACGUUGAAACUUAAAAUUUCCAGGACUAAACCAGCCACCAGUACGAAGGUGCUGUCAUCCCGGAAAUUGUCCCCGAGGGUGAAUAUCUGUGAAUUGGAAGAUCUGUUACUGCUGAAAGAAACCCGUGGAUGUCCAGAAAAACGGGUAUAUCCAUCAACAUCUAAGGCAAAUAUUAGUUCACGCAGCAGAUCACGGCAGAGAAAAUUGUCAACUUCUGUAGCUGAUGAGUCGUGGACCCCUCCAUCGAAAAGGUCAAGAAUGCCAUCUGUUAAUCAUAUAUCUGACCGAUACCGAGAGCUAAGAGAUAGAAAUAAUGAGGCAUCACGAAAAUCCCGAAAAAACAGGAAAGCUCGUGAGGGAGAGAUGAAGGAAUUGGCUACAAAACUUGAGGAAGAAAAUGAAAGUUUGAAAAUAAGUGUGGAUGAAUUGGAAGAGCUUGUAAAGAAGCUCAGAGAAGCACUGCUCGAGGCUGUGGUUAAAAUGAAAACAGUGUAAGUGUAAAACCGGAUGGCAAUAUAUGACUCUUGAACUUGACCCAUCAUCAUUGCAUGAUACGUAGUUUGGUUACAUACUCAUUGGUCAAGAAGGUUAUGUAUAUAUAAUGUGUAAGUUUUAACUGGUAAAUGAGUUUUAAAUUGUAUAAGAUCAGAUUUAUAUAUAUCAAAAUUAAAAACAGUUCUUAUCA